UUCGUUGGAUUUGGUUUUCUGACUCUUAAUUUUCUUUUCUCCCUCUCCUCCCUCUUGCCUCCUUCCCUUCUGGCUUGACUUGUUCUUUCUCUCCGUUCUGUUUCCUCUUUCUUCUUCCUGGUUUUUGUCCCCUUGAGUGAUCCCCCCCCCCCUUCCUCCCCGUUGUUGCUGGAAUUCUCAGUCAGGGAACAGAUAAGCAGGCUGUGGAGCCCACAGACACCUCGGAGCAGCUGAGUGGCACAGAGCACACCCCUGUGCCCUGUUCUGUGCCAGAAGCAGCAUGGUCUUCAGAGCACCAUGGGGCCUGACAGAGUGACAGCCCGAGAACUGUGCGAGAACGAUGACCUGGCCACCAGCCUUGUUCUUGACCCCUACCUCGGCUUCCGCACGCAUAAGAUGAAUGUCAGCCCCGUGCCCACCCUGCGACGACAGCACCACCUCCGCUCAGCACUGGAAGCUUUCCUAAGACAGCAGGACCUGGAGGCUACGUACAGGGCCCUGACACUGGGGAGCUGGAUGGCCCACUACUUCCAGAGCCGGGCCCCUCGGCAGGAGGCUGCCUUCAAGACCCACAUUUUUUGCUACCUCCGAGCCCUCUUGCCCGAGAGUGGACUGCAAACCUAACUGCAAGUUUGUGCCCUCAGAUGGCAACACUGCCUGUGUGAAGGUGCUCCGGGACAUUGAGCCAGGGGACGAAGUGACAUGCUUCUAUGGCGAGGGCUUCUUUGGUGAGAAGAACGAGCACUGUGAAUGCUACACCUGUGAGAGGAGCCAUGAUGGGCUGCCUGGAGUGCAGUCUCUGUCUUGGACCCCUCCAGGAGGGAAGGAAGGACCCUUGACCCGGGUCUGAUCCCGGGAUUGUGUUGUUUAGGACAUCCCUAGGGAUUUGAUCCUUGUUGCUCUAUGACUGCUGACCCCUGAGCCAACCCCAACCAAGCAGGGAGCCCUGGCCAUUUGAUGUUCCCCUCCCCAUCCCUGCCCGCACCUCAGAACUGUAGGAGCCAUCCCCCCCUCAGCCUCUUCCUCCCCAGGGAGCAAAGCCAUAAGGGGUGGGGGCCACUCCAUGGCGACUCUCUACAAUUCUGCUCAAGCCUCAGGAGGUGGAACUGACUUGGGGGUUUGCCCUCCCAAGCCACCCCCCACAAAGGGGAGUGGCUUGACUCUCUCUCAGCUCUGCAGUUGUUGGAGGCAGGAGCAGUCAGAUGGGGUGGGUGGUACCCAGGGGCACAUCCUUGGCCCUGCCCCAUGGGUCUCAGGGAGGCCAGGUGUGACCUCAUCUUUCUCACGGUGCUAUCCCUGGUGCUACUGGGGUGUAGGGGAGGCUCCCUCUCCUCCCCACACCAGAACGGGGGUGUGAUGGGGGGGGAUUGGAAGAACUUGAACUUUUUAUUAAAACCUUUUAAGCCCUUA